ACCCUCCGCUUCUCACGCCUUACUCUUUCCACCUCCCCAACGUUGUCGAUCCAGCGCCUCCCAUUGGUGUCGUUGCUUUUGUCCAUCUGGCUGCGACCACUCCACCGUAUCCAAGCAGCACCGCUGGUGGCCUCGCGUGGUCUCAUUUCUCUAGCUUUCCCGGGGUCCAGAACCCUGGGGACUCUAUCUUGCGCUUGUUCACAAGUGCAAGACCGAAGAGCUACUUAAGCCGCCUCAGCCUCAGCCAUGGGGAACGAUGGGGCCAGUAGUCCGAUCUCUGCUCUUCACGAGUCACUGUCUUCACAAUCCUCUAAUCGAUCAGGCAUCGCUGCCGUUUGGCACCUGUACCACUCUGCGCGCAUCGCUGCCCAACAGGCAUCUUGGUCUUCCCUCGCUGCUUACAUUCGGUCCCUCUACCGCAAUGACUCCGUGAAUUGGGGGCAAGUAGCAUUCUUGACAACCUGUAUGAUCACCAUGGUCGGCUGUGGCUUGUUCUCAUCGCUCAUCUGGCGCCUGCGGUCGCCAGAGAAGAGAAAAUCUUCUUCCCGAUCGCGCCUGGGUUUGCGCAAGGGCUCGACCAAGUCUUCCACCAAGACUCUUACAUCCUCGGACGAUGAUUACGAGGAUGAUGACUAUGAUAGCAACGGCUCGUUGCGUCACGGUACUGAACCUCAUCGCCAGGCAACCGAGUGGUCGUCACAGCCUCAGCAGCAGACUUCCGAUGCAUUCAAGACAGAUCCAGGUAUCUUGAGGAAAUUCACCACCUACAACCGUUACACCACCUCCGUCGCGACGUACCCUGCUGUUCGGACUUUUUAUUCCCCCCACCCAAACAUCAAUCGCCUUCCCGAUAAGCCUUCCCCCGUUCCUCUGCUCGUGUUUAUCCACGGUCUCGGUGGGUCGCUGGCUCAAUUCCACCACCUUCUCACAAGUCUUUCCAAUGUUGGAUCGUGCUUCGGCAUUGAUCUGCCGGGUUGCGGUCUGUCCAAAUUCGCGCCCACCGAUUGGAACGCAUACACCGUGGAGGCACUGGCCGAGUUGAUUGCUGUCGCAAUCGAAAGACAUCGUGAUCGAGAUGGCGGCCAGGGUGUGAUCCUUGUGGGCCAUAGUUUGGGAUGUUCCCUAUCUGCUCUGCUCGCUUCGUCCUCCUCUCCCAUUGGAAAGGAUUUGAAGGAGCAUAUCCUCGGCCUGAUCGCGAUCUGCCCCCGCGCCACACCUCCAUCGGCAGAUGAAGUUGCAACCUACCGACGCUUGCUCUCGAUUCCCGACCCGAUCUUUGACUUGUGGCGCCUUUGGGACCGCCGUGGUGGUAUCAAAAGCUCAAGUGUGAUGCGAAUGGUCGGCAGCGAUGCGGAUGAAGAGACACGAGGUCUUCAAGUCCGAUUCAACAAGCAGAGUCGGACCCCGGUCUGGCGUCGCAUGGCGUGGGGCACGCUUCCCGAUUACACGCAGGAUGAACCCGUCGGAGGUAUCCCUGGAGAGAAGGUCUGGGCUGCUAUUCACAUGCCUAUGCUGUUGAUUGCAGGCGAGGCAGAUUCGGUGACCAAGCCGGUAGAGAUCCAGAAACUUCUCCAGUUCUUUGGCGAUGCUUCCGCCCAUAGCGCCAUUGAUACCAGCGGAAGCAGCAUCAUCCCCGAUGCCUCGCGAGUUCAUGACCAGGAUUCAGCUUCCUCCACCGGUCUUGCUCACGAGGAAAAGUUUGGUCUCCAGCCUGCCGAAAGCGAGAAGCUGAUCGGACAAGCAAAUCACAAUCGUACUGGCCGCAAGCGACUCGUCAAGUCAGCCAUUCUUCCGGCGCCGGCUUCUCAUGCGCUGCUCUACGACCGAGCAACAUAUCGCACACUUUCGGGAAUUAUUCAGGACUUCUUAUCCCAGCAUAUUGACCAGCGCCUGGGCCUGGGGUGGCAACUCCAAUACAUGAACACCUCGGGCAAAUGGGACGUGAAGAACCUCGCCAAGUGGCAGAAGGUUGCGCCUGUCUCUCAGCCAAUCGCGAAUACCUUUGCUGCGUUGAAGAUGCUCCGUGAAGUUGACGAAGAGCACAACCCAGUGCUCUUCUCCCAAAAAUACCAAGGCCGCAUUUACGCCGUCAUUGAUAUUAGCCACGAAAGCCCAGUCUACAACCCGGUGACUAUGGAGAAGGGCGGAAUCCACUACAACAAGCACCCAACAGUGUCCAAGAUUCCCCCCACCCCGGAUGAGACUCGCGACUUCAUUGCCCUGGUUGAUCGGCUUCAACGCGAGAUCGACGAUCAGAUGGAGAAGCGCGAGGACAAGACUUUGCCCCGACCACUGGUCGGCGUCCACUGCCAUUAUGGAUACAAUCGCACUGGUUUCCUAAUCGUGUGCUAUCUCAUCGAGCGUCUGGGCUUUGGCGUCCAAGAAGCCAUUGAUGAGUUCAACCGGUGCCGACCACCUGGAAUUCGGCACGGGCAUUUCAUCGAUACGCUCUUUGUUCGAUACUGUGUCGGACUGAAGAGAGCCCCGACCCUGUAAUUCAACAUAUUCUGUUUUAUCUUAAUUUCCUCUGUUUGCUUUCAUCGGCGUUUUCGGGUUAGAAUCGGAAGGGGAUGGUUAGGUUUGCAAGGCAAGGCAUUUGGCGAUGGGUUCUUCAUCCUUUACUCGGGUUUGCUGCAUUUUUACAGGUUACGAGAAACGAUUACAUUCAAAUCAGCGAUAGAUGUGUGUCAUUAGGAUACAGAUCAUGGAAGCAUAAUAUCAUUACGGGCCUCGAACGUUCUGCGAAACCUCUCGGGCUUUCACAAACAAUCUUUACUUUCUCAGCUGGCGGAUCUUUUUU